GCGGCGCCAGGCACACGCGCUGCUGCUCCACUCUCUCUCGACUCCGCCCUCGCUGGCGGCUCGAGCUCCGGUUCUCCGCAUCGCUGCUGCGCCCGGCACCUUGAUCCUCCUGCACACCACCCUCAUACCCCGCACCGCACCCGCAUCCCACCACACGCCAGCAUGUCCGCACAGAACAAGCGUCCCGCCAACCUGGCGCCGCUGUCCAAGGAGGCCUUUGGCAAUGCGCCGCAGGGCAACCACAGCGGCGGCCACAGCCUCACGCGCCCCAGCGAGGUGACGCUCGUCGUCGGCGGCAGUGCCGGCGUGCUCGCCAUCGACGCCCUCACGCAGCGCAUCAAGAGCGACGGCCACUUCAGCUCGCCCGCUGGCGACGGCGGCAAGACGCAGCUGCACGCCAUCGUGUACGAGCGCAACGCAAACGAGACCGUCGAGAGCGUCGAGAGCAUCCGCGCCACGCUCACCGCCACCGACAACACGCCCAUCACCGUCGUGCACCCGCUCGUCGCCGGCUCGGGCGGUGCGCCGCCGACGCUGCCCGAGCGCAGUGCGCCGCACCACAUGCAGCUGGCCUUCGCCGUGCCGACGCUGACGAGCGCCGACGCGCUGCGCUCGAAUCUGGAUGCGUGGCUCAAGUUCCUCGCCACGGCCGGCGAGCGCAACUACACGCUCGAGCUGGCACUGCCGCAGGGUGGCCAGGGCAGCGAGGCAGAGAAGCUGCGCGAGGUCGUCGAGAAGCUGCUCGGCAAGGCUUGGGACGCCAGCAACGAGCAGGCCAAGCAGGACGGCUCAGACGUGCUCACCAACGGCGCACGCAUCCUCAUCGACGCCUUUGGCGCACCGCCAGCGGACCUCAGCGACAGCGAGGAGAUCUCGAACUGGAACAGCUUCAUCCGGCGCCUCGCCCUCCACCCGCGCGUGUUCCUCAAGCUCUCGCCCAUUGCCCCCUCCUCGCUGCUGCCCUCUGCCGCGACGCGCCCCGUCGACUCGCACGUGCCAGCCAGCGGCGCCGCCUCGGCGGCACUGCACGCCGUCAAGGAGACGGCCGGCGCCGCCGUCUCGGCGGCCGCGGGCCUGCUGAGCAAGGAGGAGGACCUGAGCCGCCGUCUGCGCGGCCUGCUGGAGAGCGCCGUCGAGGCGUUCGGCGAGGAGCGCCUCGUCUGGGCCGGCCACCUGUCGGCCGUCGGCGCCAAGCCCGACAAAGAGGGUCGCAGCGAGCCCGAGGCAUGGUACGAGAAGGUGCGCGAGGGCCUGGCCGACAUGGGCCUGGACCAGGGCGCGCUCAACAAGAUCUUUGCGCGCAACGCCUCGCAGUGCUACCUCUUCUGAUGCCUCUUUUAGAUGCGUGUCAAUGCUAGCUCGAUUGUCUGUG